UUUCCGUGAUGAUGUCAGGGAGCAACAAAGGCAGCUGCAGUGCAAAAGCAGAAGCAGAAGAAACAGAGAUGCAGUAAUAAUAAGAACAGGCUCAUCAGGAGAGAGAGGAGGUAGCAGCAAUGACAUCCGAGCCAUGUAGAGAAAGAUUCUGAAACCAGUGGUGUCUGCAAAAAUACCUUUUGAAACUAUCAGCCCAACAGGAACAAAACCUCAUUUCUGUGUCCCUGAAAUCUCCCAAGUUGUUCUUCCCUCUUGUUCUUUGUUAUCCUUCUUGGUCUUUCUAAGGAUUUAUAUUUUCUUCUUGUUCUAUUUCAAAAAUGAUGAGUGUAUGUGCAAGAAAUAGGUCUCCUUUCACAUCAACUCAGUGGCAAGAGCUUGAACACCAAGCUCUCAUAUUCAAAUACAUGGUCUCAGGAAUACCUAUCCCACCUGAUCUCCUAUAUAGCAUCAAAAGAAGCUUGGACUCUUCAAUUCCUUCAGGGCUAUUCCCUCAUUGUCCCAUUGCCUGGGGAUGUUUUGAGAUGGGAAUAGGCAGAAAAGUAGACCCAGAGCCAGGAAGGUGCAGGAGAACAGAUGGGAAGAAGUGGAGGUGCUCAAAGGAAGCAUACCCAGAUUCCAAGUACUGUGAGAGACACAUGCAUAGAGGCAGAAACCGUUCAAGAAAGCCUGUGGAAGUUACCUCAACUGCAACAACCACCACAAACCUCUCACCACCCAUCGCAUCAACCAACCGAAACCUUACCAUAAACACCAGCCCUAUUCCCACAACCUCUUCUUUCUGUGUCUCUCCCCUACCUUCUUCAGUGAGCUCGGAAAUCCAUCCCCAUCCCCAUCCUUACCACGAGAGCACUCUUUAUCCCUUACUUUAUUCACAUUCCUCCUCUUCCAGACCUCCAGUUUCUGGUCUGUUUUCUCAAAAUAACACUACCCGUCAACUAUUUUUGAACUCCAGAUCUUAUUCUCAGGGUGGUAAAGAUUACAGUUGUUUUCAUGGAGCAAGGGAGGGUGUGGAUGAGAGAGCUUUCUUCCCAGAAGCUUCAGGGACCGACAGAAGCCUACUUGAUUCAUAUCAGAGAUAUUUGACAGUGGACUCCUAUAAAGGUUACUCCCACACACAGUUUCAAAGUCCUACUGACAGUGCAAAGCAACAAGAGCAACAUUGCUUUGUUCUGGGUGCAGAUUUCAAGUCACCGGAACUAGUUAAAACUGAGAAGAAAACGGAAACCCACAAGCCACUGCACCAAUUUUUUGGAGAGUGGCCACCAAAAAAUACAGAUUCCUGGCUUGAUCUUGCAUCUGAUUCUAGAGUCCCAACAGGUGAUUGAAGUCUCAAUACAAUACUGAAUAUUUUGAUCAUGCCAAAAGAGUCCUUGUUGGUGGGUCAAUACCUUCUUGUGGCCAGGGGAGCCUUCUUUUGCUAAAGCUGUCUGAGAUGAAUAAAGUAGGGUCACAGGGAGGAUUUGUGUCUUUUGCUUUCUUGAUAAAUAUAUCCCUCCUUAUAACCUAGAGAAACCUUUCUGGGAUUUGUAGACCUGCUUGUUUCAGUUUAAGCAUCUUUAUAUGCUUUGGGUUCUUUAACUUCUAUAAUGAGUAGUAAAAUCAAGCAUCUUUUC